AACGCCCCCUCCUACUCAGCGUGUAUUUAAACGACUGUCACACAGACACAGACACACACACAGUAACACUACUCUGAUCAUCAUCAAACACACAACAUGGCUGCACACCGGGUCAUCGUCUACGGAGGAAGGGGUGCUCUGGGCUCCAAGUGUGUCCGGCUCUUCAAGUCCAAAGGCUGGUGGGUCGCUAGCAUCGACAUGGCAGCCAACGAGGAGGCGAGUGAAAACGUGAUCGUGAAGAUGAGCGAGUGCUUCGCGGAGCAGGCUGGACAGGUGACGGCAGACGUGUCCCAGUUGCUAGGGGAACAGAAAGUGGACGCCAUCUUGUGUGUGGCCGGCGGAUGGGCGGGAGGGAAAUGUAGUUCCAAAGAUUUAUACAAAAACUCAGAUCUUAUGUGGAAGCAGAGCGUUUGGACCUCGACCAUUUCCAGCCACCUCGCCGCUCUGCACCUGAAACCCGGCGGCCUGUUGACUUUAGCCGGAGCGAAAGCGUCUCUCUCAGGAACUGGAGGCAUGGUCGGCUAUGGCAUGGCCAAGGCGGCCGUCCACCAGCUGUGUCAGAGUCUGGCAGAUGAGAACAGUGGGAUGCCAUCGGGAGCCGCCGCUGUGGCCAUAUUACCGGUUACCUUGGAUACGCCGAUGAACAGGAAGUUCAUGCCAGACGCAGAUUUCAGUUCCUGGACGCCGCUGGAGUACAUCGCAGAAAUGUUCUUCAACUGGGCCACGGACGUGAAGCGCCCGGCGUCUGGAAGCCUGAUGCAGCUGCUGACCUCCGGAGGCGAGACCCAGGCUGUGGCCGCUCAGUAGAGGACAGAGGGGAGAGCUGUGGAAACGGUGAGGGAGGGAGAGAUAAAGAUGGAUGGAAGCAGAGAGAGGGAGAGAUGGGGAGAUGGAGAAGCACAGAGAUGGAGACUGGAGGAGGAGGAGAAGGAGGGUGUGGGGAGUCGGAGUGAUGAAGAAGGUUGGAGGUGAGGAAGAGAGAUGGUGACAGAGGGGAGCUAAAUAAAAUGAGGAGGAGGAGAGGGGACGGCCAGAUGGGUUUGUUUUGCAGAGGAGAGGAGAGGAGGGCUUUCUUUGAGAAUGCAGCCUCACAGCGCCAUCUAGCUGUGGAUCCCUACAUGUAUCCCACUGUAGCGGUCAGGUUGUGUCUCGUCUGUAAAAAUGGUGAUGCACCAUUGGCCAGUUUGGGAUGCACAUUCAAGGGUGAUCUGCUUUUAUCAACUUUAAAAUAUUCAAAAGAUCAGUGUUGUGAAAAUGUCUUAAAUAAAAAAAUGUGUGUCCAUCUUGGUCAGGCCAGAAUGGAAGCAGCCUCCAAGUGAGAUGCAUCUAAAAUCUA